CCACACUUAACGGUAGUUUCAUUUAUGAGUUGAAUCCUGUGAGAGUCAAAUUCCCGUUAGAGUCUGAGAAGGUGGCAACAGCAGAAGGUACUGUCAGCAAACAAAUCAAAUAUUGGAACAUUUCAAGGAGAAAUCAUGGCCUCAGUUAUCAAGAAACUCAGGGAGGAAGCCACCUGCUCCAACUGCCAGCAGCUGAUGACUGAUCCAGUGGUUCUUGACUGUGGUCACAGCUUCUGCCAUGCGUGCUUAAUGGGCAUCAAUGAGAACCAGCAAGGGGACCAACCAGCAGAGGGGAUAGCAUUCUGUGCUCUGUGUAUGCAGACAUUUCAAAUAGAGAGUCUCCGACCCAACAAGAAGCUGAAAAGCAUCAUCGAAACUAUCAAGAACGUGAACUGUGAAAAGUUGUGUGAGGAACAUGGAGAGAAGCUCCAUCUCUUCUGCGAAGAUGAUGACCAGCUCAUCUGCUUGUGCUGUGAACGAAAACCGCAGCACAAAGGACAUGUCUUGGUUCUUGCUGAAGACGUCUGUGAAGACUACAAGGAAAAGCUACAGAAAGCAGUGACAAAAUUGAGAGAAGAUGAGUCCCUAUGCAACAAUCUGAAGUUGUUCCUAAGAAAUCAGAGGACAGAAUGGGAGGAGAAGGUCAAGCUUCAGAGACAAAAAAUCCAGUCUGAAUUUGAGAAUCUCCGUAGAUUUCUGCGCAAGGAAGAGACAUAUUUUCUAAGGAGGCUUAAGCAAGAAGAGCAGCAGACUGUGAGGAAAUUGCAGGAAGGUGAAGACAAGGUGGAAAAACAAAGCCAGGAACUUAAAAACCAAAUCCUGGAACUUGAGAGGAAAUGUCAGGACACAGUCCAGAAUUUGAUGGAGGGUGUGAAACUCACCUUGAGCAGGAGUUUUGAUGUGAAGCUGGAGUUGCCAGAGGCCAUCUCUUUGGAUCUUCAUACUGAGUGUAAUGUUUCUGAACUUUACUUCGAUGUGAGGAAAGUAUUAAAGAGAUAUCAAGUCAGCGUGACUCUGGAUCCAGAAACAGCUCAUAGUGAUCUACUUCUGUCUGAGGAUGGGACAAAGGUGACUGGUGGCUAUCCUCAGCAGAAGCCACACUCUGCCAGCAGAUUUACUGCCUUAACUGCUGUCCUGGGUCGUGAAGGCUUCACCUCAGGAAGACAUUACUUUGAAGUAGAUGUGGGAGAAGAAAGUAAAUUGUGUGCGUUUGGAGUUUGUCUGGCCGAUGUGCCGAGAGACUUCCCUGUGAAGCUACACCCUGAGUGUGGAUUUUGGGCCAUCAGACAAUGCACUGACAGAGGCUUACAAGCUCUUACCUGGCCAAGAACCUCCCUUCAUCAGGAGUAUCUCUCAGUUGUGGGGGUUUUUGUGGACUAUGAGGCCGGACUUGUCUCCUUUUACAACGUGGAAACUGGCUCCCACAUCUUCACCUUCCCCAAAGCUUCCUUCUUUCACACUCUCCUGCCCCUUUUCCUGGUCUCCCCAUCUUCUUCUCUGACCAUGUUUGGAAACAAGCAAAACCCUCUGUACCAACUAUCCAGGGUAGAGGAUUUAUGAUGUAAAUCUUUGGGGAUCCAAAUUGCUUUUUCCCUCACUGCCUUUUCCAUGAGCUUCUGGGUACUUCAUAAUUCUGCAUUAAAUAAAUUUAUCUGAAGACUCUGAAAAUAUGAACGUUAAUAAGCCUGAGCCGAGUAAAAGCCACAUAAAGCAGUGUCCUUGGAC